AUGGCCAGGACGGCGCGUCGCAUGCUAUAUUGGUACAGCAACGACCGCGCCGUGGCGGCGACGCUAGGGACCUUUCUGGGGGUGGGCACGACAGAGAAGGGCGGGCAAUUCGCCCCGAAUGACCCGGCCCAGCUGCAGAACUUCCAAGACUGGCUGGUGGAUGUGGUGACCUUUGCCGAGGGUGGCUUCGCGUCCUUUGGCUACAGUGAGGCCUGGCUGAUGAAGGGCGACAGCCUCCAGCAGCGCAAGACGCUCGACGACUGGGUCCAGACAUACAAUUCGAACGAGUGCUCUCGAAUGAGGACGAUGGGGGCUUUCUGCGGUGAGCCCGGCCUGCGUGACGGCCAUGGUCGUGGCCAUGAACUUUCUGGGCCGGGGCUUGACGGCGGGCCAGGAUCCGUGGUCGUUCUGGACGGGCAGUGCGAUGACGCCGAGCGACGCGAACGAGUGGUUCCAGAAGAAGAAGAAGUCUUGAGGUGCUGGGCGAGCAAAGGCGCACUUGGCUGUCCGUCCAUCACUAGAAUGUCUCUCUUCACCAUCCCCAUACCCGCGCUGGGCACCGCGUAUCCCGGCGGCGCAAUCACAUGCACGACACCCGCGCCCAAGGUCUACCUGCUCACCUUCGUGUCGCCCCCCGACAACCGCCUCACGACGCCCGUCCUCAAGGCGCUCCUCUCCGCUCUCGACGUCCUCGAGUUUGGCGGCCACGCGCCCGGCGUCGUCGUCACCACGAGCGGCAUCCAAAAGUUCUACUCCAACGGCCUGGAUCUCGCCCACGCCGCCGAGACCGACGGCUACUGGCCUCUGCUCUACGCCGUCUGGGCGCGUUUCCUCACCUACCCCAUGCCCACCGUCGCCUGGAUGAACGGCCACGCCUUUGCCGGCGGCCUCAUGCUCGCCACGAGCCACGACUACCGCCUCGCGCCCUCGCCGCGUGGCUUCCUCUGCCUCAACGAGCUGCUCUUUGGCGCGCCCCUCAAGCCCGCCAUGGCCGCCAUCUUCCGCCACAAGCUCCCGUCGGCCACGUACCGGACUCUCGUGCUCGAGGCGAAGCGCUUCAACGCCGACGAGGCCCUGGCCGCGGGCAUCGUCGACGGCGUCGCGACGGGGCUAGAUGACGUGCUGGGCUUCAUUGCGCAGAGGGAGUUGGCGGAGAAGCCCAAAUCGGGUGUCUACGGCAUCCUCAAGGGCGAGAUGUACAAGGAUCUCCUGCAGAUGCUCUCGGGACCGGGCCUGGAGGCGGAGGAGGCGCGGUUCGACGCCGACCAGGCCCGCAACGCGGAGAGGAGGGAGUUUGGCAGGGUCUGGUAUGAGCAGUGGGAGAAGGAGGACAAGGCAAAGCUGUAG